AUGGCCUAUCUCAACUCCACACUUAAACACAAGAUCUACAUGAAACUGCCAGAAGGAGCUAAGGUGCCGAAAGGAAAAGCUUAUCAGGUAAUCAAGGGACUAUAUGGUCUCAAACAAGGGAAAGGGGAUGACUUUGCAAUAGUGGUCAUCUACGUUGAUGAUACAUUAAUCAUGUCCCCAAAGCUAGAAAUGAUCAAAUGCAUCAAGGAGGAAAUAGGCAAGAAGUGGAAGAUGGAGGAGGGUGGCAAUGUGUCUCACUUCCUUGGAAUCAAGAUCACCAGGGAUUGUGAAGAAAAGACAAUGGACCUCAGGCAGACCAGUUACAUUAAACAACUACUAGAUGAACACCUAGACAAACACAGGAGAAAAUCCAGCAUGCUGCUCCAAGACAUACCAGCCCCAGAGACAGCAGUGAGCACAGCCAAACAAAAGGAAUACCUGCAGAUUGUUGGCAAGCUCCUAUGGCUCUCAAAUGGAACACACCCAGAUAUCAGCCAAUCAGUAGGGUGUCACAGGGACGGCUGGCCUGCGCAAGAGAGUGCGCCAAAUGAUCAGCGGCAGUUAUGA